AUGAUGAUUGGUGAAAUGGAAUAUACUGAUUCCUGGAUGAGCCAGAUCCAAAAAAAUAAAAUUCCGCUUCCUAAAAGCGUUACAGCAUUAGUAAUGAUUGUGAUAUUUAUAUUUUUGAUGCCUAUCGUCCUUACGAAUUUAAUGGUUGGUCUAGCUGUCGGUGAUAUUGAUAAAGUAAGGCGAGAAGCAGGAUUUCGAUUGUUAUCAUCGCGCGUAGAAUAUUUGGAUGAUCUCGAAAGGACAUUGCCGUUAAGAUUUAGAAAUCGUUUUUAUAAGCGAGGCCACACGGACAAAUAUACCAAAAAACUGAACCAGAGCAAAUACUAUUUUACCGAAUUAAUUGGUGAACAGCGUUAA